GGCCGGGGCGGGCCCAGGCCGGCCGGAGGGGCGGGCUCAGCGGCAGCCCCCGGCGAGGAUCAGUGCGCCUGCGCUGACAGACGCAAGAUGGCGGACAGUGCGGAACUAAAGCAAAUGGUUAUGAGCCUUAGAGUUUCUGAACUUCAAGUAUUGUUGGGCUACGCUGGGAGAAACAAACACGGACGCAAACACGAACUUCUCACAAAGGCCCUGCAUUUACUCAAGGCUGGCUGUAGUCCUGCUGUACAAAUGAAAAUUAAAGAACUCUAUAGGCGGCGGUUCCCCCAGAAAAUCAUGACGCCUGCGGACUUGUCUAUCCCCAAUGUACAUUCAAGUCCUAUGCCAGCAACUUUGUCUCCAUCUACCAUUCCACAGCUUACUUAUGAUGGUCACCCCGCAUCGUCACCGUUGCUCCCUGUUUCUCUUCUGGGACCUAAACAUGAACUGGAACUCCCACAUCUUACAUCAGCUCUUCACCCAGUCCAUCCGGAUAUAAAACUUCAAAAACUACCAUUUUAUGACUUACUGGAUGAACUGAUAAAACCCACCAGUCUAGCAUCAGACAACAGUCAGCGGUUUCGAGAAACCUGUUUUGCAUUUGCCUUGACCCCGCAACAAGUGCAGCAGAUCAGUAGCUCCAUGGAUAUUUCUGGGACCAAAUGUGACUUCACAGUGCAGGUCCAGUUAAGGUUUUGUUUAUCUGAAACCAGUUGUCCACAGGAAGAUCACUUCCCACCCAAUCUUUGUGUGAAAGUGAACACAAAACCUUGCAGCCUUCCAGGUUACCUUCCACCUACUAAAAAUGGUGUGGAACCAAAGCGACCCAGCAGACCAAUUAAUAUCACCUCACUUGUUCGAUUGUCCACAACAGUACCAAAUACCAUUGUUGUUUCUUGGACUGCAGAAAUUGGAAGAACCUAUUCCAUGGCAGUAUAUCUUGUAAAACAGUUGUCCUCAACAGUUCUUCUUCAGAGGUUACGAGCAAAGGGAAUAAGGAACCCGGAUCAUUCUAGAGCUUUAAUUAAAGAGAAAUUGACUGCGGAUCCAGACAGUGAAAUUGCUACAACCAGCCUAAGGGUUUCUCUGCUAUGUCCACUUGGCAAAAUGCGGCUGACAAUUCCAUGCCGGGCCCUCACGUGUUCUCAUCUGCAGUGUUUCGAUGCAACUCUGUAUAUUCAGAUGAAUGAGAAAAAGCCAACCUGGGUGUGUCCUGUCUGCGAUAAGAAGGCUCCCUAUGAACACCUUAUUAUAGAUGGCUUGUUUAUGGAAAUCCUAAAGUACUGCACAGACUGUGAUGAAAUACAGUUCAAGGAGGACGGCUCCUGGGCGCCGAUGCGAUCGAAAAAGGAAGUGCAGGAAGUUUCUGCCUCCUACAACGGAGUUGAUGGGUGCUUGAGUUCCACUUUGGAGCAUCAGGUGGCUUCUCACAACCAGUCCUCCAAUAAAAACAAGAAGGUCGAGGUGAUUGACUUGACUGUGGACAGCUCGUCUGACGAGGAGGAAGAAGAGCCAUCUGCCAAGAGAAGCUGCCCUUCCCUCUCUCCUACCUCUCCGCUGAACAAUAAAGGCAUUUUAAGUCUUCCACACCAAGCAUCUCCAGUGUCCCGCACCCCAAGCCUUCCUGCUGUAGACACGAGCUACAUCAAUACCUCCCUCAUCCAAGACUACAGGCACCCUUUCCACAUGACACCCAUGCCUUACGACUUGCAAGGAUUAGAUUUCUUUCCUUUCUUGUCGGGAGACAAUCAGCAUUACAACACCUCCCUGCUCGCAGCCGCGGCUGCUGCAGUCUCGGAUGACCAGGACCUGCUGCACUCGUCGCGGUUCUUCCCAUAUACCUCCUCCCAGAUGUUCCUUGACCAGCUGAGUGCAGGAGGCAGCACGUCCCUGCCUGCCACCAAUGGGAGCAGCAGUGGCAGCAACAGCAGCCUCGUGUCUUCCAACAGCCUGAGGGAGAGCCACAGCCACACAGUGGCCAGCAGGAGCAGCACGGACGCUGCGUCCGUGUUUGGCAUCAUACCAGACAUUAUCUCCCUGGACUGAGCCUCGCCUGCUGCUCCUGAGGGAGUCAAGUGGGCAGGAGAAAGAGAACUUUAUGCUGUUUUAUCUUAUUCUGUUUAGAAAAGUUCACAAGCGUGUUUCUUUUUUCCUUUUUUUAGGGAAAAAAUUAAAAGAAAUGUACAGAGAACAAAACUAUAUUUUCAGUUUUACUUUUGUAUAUAAAUCUAAGACUGCCUGUCUGAUAAAACACUUGUUUAAAAAAAAAAAAAAAAAAAGGAAAGAAAAGAAAAAAAGCACCCAUAAACCACCUUCAGUACUUUUUUUCUGGAUUCUGAAGAUUUUUUUCAUCAUUUGUCCUAUGGUUUUGGUUUUAUUUUACUUCAAUGGCAUUAUUUUAUUUUAUUUUAUUUGCAAUAACAGAAAAGGAAUUGCAUGUAUGAAGUUUUUAAUUAUGGGCUUUGUUGUGGGGAGGGGGUGGGAGAUAGUUUGAUUUCCAUUUUUAAAACAUGACAGACUUGCAUUUUGUGUGUGUGUGUGCGUGUGUGUGUGCGCUCACACAUGUGCGCACCCACACCUUACCCAGCCUUAAGUUAUAAGUCAUCUGUCCACUGCAUUCCCUAUGUAUUUUCAGGAUGUAGUUCAUGGGUGUGCGUGUUGUGUGUGCAUCUAUAUGUAUUUUUCUGUCCUCACUGUCCCUCUCCUCCUGAGUUUGCAUUCAGUUCAUGAUCAGUUCCUUGCCUGCUUCUUUUAAAGUGCUUUGAAGGUCUUGACUUUACGUGUGAGUAUCUAACAACUAGCCUGGUUGCAUGUCGCUGUCACAUACUCUCUGGCUUGCUAUAUAGCCCCUGAGAAUAUGCUCUCAUGAUACUGGAAUAAUACUAUCUGGGUGAGGAAGAGGCUUAGCAGACCUGUGAGUGAGACACUUUAGCUUAGGUCCUGAUUCUGAGCCCGGACUGCCAAUAUUGUAUAUUUUUAAGCAAAGUCUGUGAGUCCCUGCUCUUUUGGCCACAGGGUAACAGGUUCUUGUGUAAGAUCGUCAUACCAAAGUAGGAGGCAGAAAUGGCUUAGAAAGCCCUGCUGCGGGUCUCAUGCAGCUGAAGGAAGGCUGAUGUCACCUCCGAAAGUAAGAGGAGUCAGUUAUUGUAGACGUCAAUCCUGUUUGGGGAUACAGUGCGCCACACAGGUGGAUCACUUGAAAUUUAAAAUGCGUUUAAACCUCAGCCAUUUUUAUUCUCUGGUUCCGAAUGUUCUUAAUUCCUUUGCCUAUCUACCUUGUUUAUUUUUUACUUUUUAAUAGCAAGCAUGACAUAGGAAAUUCAUUUCUUAGGAAUUCAUGGAUCAGUCUGAUUUCCUCUUAAUAGUGGAACAUGUAAAUAUAUUGAAAACUUUUUCAGGAAGUAAAGUGCCGAAGGGAGGGCAAAGUAGUUCUACUUUGGUCCCAGACGUAGGCGAUACUGCAUUCUCAGUUAUGGGAAUUGUGUUUCAGUUCAUUGAGAGUCCAGGUUUAAGAAAAGCUAAAGCGGGGGCAUAGGGACUGCCAGUUUUUCAGACUGGAUUUCUUCUGUCAAAGCUGUUAAUAUUUUCAGAAUUGAUUAAGGACCACCUUUUCUUGUCAUUUUAAACUUUGCCUUGUUAACAAAACGACCUACUUUAAUCUGGGUAGAAUUUAAAAUGUCUAUAUCUUCGGUUGUAUGAUAAAAUUAAUGGUUCACAUGACUGUGUGGCAUCUAAAAAUAAUAUCUUUUUACAGCAAUCUCUGUUACUAAAUUGUUGACUUGAAUUUUGAAAAACAAGUUAGUGUCGAUAUGUAUAUGUGUGUGUGUAUAUAUGUAUUUAUAACAAGUGUGUGUGGGUAACAAGUGAGUUUUACUUAGUCUUCCCCUAUGCAUGUGUAUUUCACACAUAAAUGGCUGAGUCAUAGUCACAAAACAAUUCGCAAUAAAAAAAAAAAACAGGUUCAUUGUCAGUUAAAACAGGAAAUAAUUUUUUAAGUGAAACUGGUGUUGUGGUGAGUAAACACUUUAAAAACUCUUAUUGCCAUGCUAAUUUAGGCCAAUUUCAAGUAGUAUAAUUUGUGUCUAAAUCUUUAUGGGGCUAGAAAUUACUAAAAUUGUGGGCCGUUUUUUCUGAUUUUACACUGUGAUAAACUUCUACGUAACUACCUAAGAUAAAGUGAUAGGUUUGGGGGGGAUUUUUUGGUUUUGUUUUCUGUCAUUGUUAGUGGCCUGAAAAUUCUUAUCAAUAACUUCAUGUAUGAUGCUGAAUUACUGUUUGAAUGAUCCAGUUGAAAACCUGUACCUGUAUUUCCUAUAGCCCAGUUCCAGGGCGGUGCAGGUUAAUCUCUUACCAGCCUAAGGAAAGAUUCAGUGGUAGGGAGAAAUCAGUGUCUGUCUAGCGGCUGUGGUCAGGACCCCACAGAGACCGAACCAUUCACUCGUCCUUUGAUUUUAGUUCAUUCCAAUCUGUGAGGAGUUUGUCCCUUCAGUUGUUGAAUUUCUAAAGUGUUGUAUGAAUUAGUAGUUAUCUGUUGGUAUCAUGGUCCAUAAGUUACCCCGACUUUCAUGAUCUGUCGUAAUUAUCAGUAGAGUCAUGCACUACAUCUUUAUAUCUUUUAAUUUUUUUUUUAAAGCAUAUAGUCACUUUCUCUCUUUUUCUCCUUAGCCCACCCUCCCUCUCCAGCCCAGCCCAGGCCGACAUUGCUGUGCUCUCUGGACAAAGAGCGAUUCUCAGACUCUAGGCAAGUUGCCAGCAGCCCCGUGGCCUCGGUCUUUAGUGUGCAUAUGUUCGUGUUUCUGUACAGCACUACCGUGUGUGCAUGCAUGUGUGUCUAUGUGCACACAGACUCGGCUGACUAGCAGGUGAAGUGGCUUUCGAUUCCUAUGUGGGCAUUAUUGGACACAUCAUUUUAAAAAUACAGUCUGCAACUUAACCAUGCCACACUUGGUGGACUAGUUUAUUGUGAGAAUUAAAAUUUCCUGCUAGAAUUUAGACUCUUAACAAUUCCACAUCAUUAGUGACUCAAGGAACAUUUGCUUAAAGUUUCAGAAAUACCUUUUUAGUAGUUUCCUUUGAGAAAAGUUUGUGAAGUUGAAAGUAUAUCCUAGUUGUUAAUAAAUGUGGAAUGAACAUUAUUUUGAAACAAUUUUAAUUUUAAAUACAACUUACAGGAUCUUCAAGAUUGUUGAAAGCACAUUUGAAUUUAUUUUAGUAAUAAUUUAGUUUUAUCAAUACAUAUUGAAUUGCGUUUUUGUUUUGUUUUGUUUUAUGGAACACAAAGCUUAGCUUUCAGAAAGCGGGAGGGAGACUAGCCGGUGGUCCCAGAGCGCGCUGCUGCUGUUUAAUUAACAAGGGGAAAGUGUAUAUAGAUAGAUAUAAAACUUACCAUAAAUUCCAUGAACUUAAAUCUGUGAUUCAUUGCCUUAAAACUUUUUCUCUUAGAAUUUCCAUACCGCAUGCCAAACCAGUAAAAUGGCUUUUAAAAAUGUAUAGUAGACCAAUGUCAGUUUGUAUAAAAGUUACCAAGUGAAAAUAUUUAUUACAUGCAUUGGAAAAAAAUUGUUUACUUAUUGAAUGUUACCUGUUUAUGUAGAGCUCUUUAGAUGUAAUAAAAGAAAGCCUUCAGUUAA